UGCGGUCUGGGGUAGGCUGGGCUGGAUUGUUCUACCGGAGGUUAGAGGGUCUGGGGACGGAACCCCGGAAGCAGCGGUGGGUCUGGCUUUCGCUGCCGGGGACUGUCUGUCACGAUGCCGCUAGAGCUGGAACUGUGCCCCGGCCGCUGGGUCGGGGGCAACCAUCCCUGCUUCAUCAUUGCCGAGAUCGGGCAGAACCACCAGGGCGAUCUGGACGUGGCCAAGCGCAUGAUCCGGAUGGCGAAGGAGUGCGGGGCUGACUGUGCCAAAUUUCAGAAGAGCGAACUGGAAUACAAGUUCAACCGUCGGGCUUUGGAGCGACCCUACACUUCUAAACAUUCCUGGGGGAAAACCUACGGAGAGCACAAACGCUACCUCGAAUUUAGCCACGACCAAUAUCGGGAAUUACAGAAAUAUGCUGAGGAAAUAGGGAUUUUCUUCACCGCCUCUGGAAUGGAUGAGAUGGCGGUUGAGUUUCUGGAUGAAUUGAAUGUUCCAUUUUUCAAAGUUGGAUCUGGAGAUACUAACAAUUUUCCCUAUUUGGAAAAGGCGGCCAAGAAAGGUCGUCCAAUGGUUAUUUCCAGUGGUAUGCAGUCCAUGGACACGAUGAAGCAAGUCUACAACAUUGUGAAACCUAUAAACCCAAAUUUCUGCAUUCUGCAGUGCACAAGUGCCUAUCCACUACUUCCUGAAGAUGUCAAUCUUCGUGUAAUUACGGAAUAUCAGAAAGCAUUCCCCGACAUCCCCAUAGGAUAUUCUGGGCAUGAAACAGGCAUUAUGGUCUCAGUGGCUGCAGUUGCUUUAGGGGCUAAGGUACUAGAGCGUCAUGUGACUCUGGAUAAAACUUGGAAAGGGAGUGACCAUCAGGCAUCUCUGGAGCCAACCGAAUUAGUGGAGCUGGUGAAAGCAGUCCGUCUCGUAGAAAAAGCCUUGGGAUCGCCAGUUAAACAGCUCUUGCCAUGUGAGAUGGCCUGCAAUGAGAAGCUGGGUAAAUCAGUGGUGGCCAAAGUGAGGAUUCCUGAAGGUACCACAUUGACAAUGGAUAUGCUCACAGUGAAGGUGGGUGAACCAAAAGGAUAUCCCCCUGAAGGCAUUGCCAGUCUCAUUGGCAGGAAGGUCAAAGUGAAUAUUGAAGAGGAUGAAACCAUCACAGAAGAAGCAAUAGAAAAUUUGUCAAAAAAAAUAAAAUCUUAAAAAAAUGACAUUUAUUGAGUUCUUACCUCCCUGUCUCAGUUUUGGAGAAUGAAUGAAUGAAUGGAUGGUUGGGAAAAGUGGGCUACAAAGUAUUUAAUGAGUAAUUGUCACAUAAAUGAAAGAAUGAUUUUCACAAACUAUUCUCCCAUUUCUAUAACUUUCUAAAUCAAAAUACCUUCUCUGACCAUUACUGUUCUAUAACAUUGUAUCAUCUGUUAGAAUGUAAACUCCCUGAGGGAAAGGAUUUUAUUCACUUCCUAUUUUUGUAUCCAGAACUUAUAAUGCUCAGCAUAUGUUAAGAUUUAAUAAAUUAUUUUUCAUUGAUUUGA